CGAAUAGCCAUGUCUUUCAGAAAUGUCAAUCCUGCCAAGGUCGCUACGAUCAAGCACAUCAACAACUUGAUCACUUGCCUCGUCAAUAUCAAGGAUGAGACGGGCGAGUUCCUCAUGCCUCUCGCCGAUGGCCGCAUAAUCGACACAAAAGGCUGGGAGGAUUGGGAGUGGACACAUGGAGUCGGUCUCUACGGGCUGCUGAAGUUCCACGAGAUCACCGGGGAUCAACGAGCGCUCGAUAUAGCGCUGAAGUGGUUCAAGGACAGGUUCGAGAUCGGUACCACCAAGAACGUCAAUACCAUGUCCCCAUUGCUUACUGCCGCCUAUCUGCACGAAAAAGGUGUCGCGGACUACUUCGUCCACCUCGAUUCUUGGGCGGAGUGGGUUAUGUAUGACAUGCCCCGGACCGAAGAGGGCGGCCUCCAACAUAUCACGUACCUCACCGACAACUCCCAGCAACUGUGGGAUGACACACUCAUGAUGAGCGUUCUCCCGCUGGCGAAAAUUGGCCUUGUCCUCAAUCGACCGCAUUACGUCGAAGAGGCGAAACGCCAAUUUAUCCUACACAUCAAAUACCUCCAGGACCUGAAAACGGGGCUCUGGUUCCAUGAGACGACUUUGCUUCCAGGGUGGACGUUUGACGGACACCACCAUUUUGGGAAGGCGCGCUGGGGUCGGGGUAACUGCUGGGUGACUGUCGCGAUCCCCGACUUCAUCGAGCUUCUCGGGUUGCCCGAAACCGAUGGUGUUCGCAAAUUCUUGACAACAUCUCUUGUGGCCCAGAUCGACGCCUUGGUCAAGUAUCAGAACCCUCAGACUGGCCUCUGGCACACGCUCAUAGACGACCCGUCGUCGUACUUGGAGGCAUCGGCUACGGCGGGCUUUGCGUACGGCAUCUCGAAGGCGCUGCGCCUACGGCUGAUCCCACGAGAGGAGCGCUACGUGGACACAGCAAGGAAGGCGAUGGAGGGCGUGCUCGCAAAUAUCUCGGAGGAGGGAGAGCUGAGGCAGACAUCAUUUGGUACACCGGUCUUUCAUGAUGCCAAGCAGUACAAAGAUAUACCUCUCACCACCAUGCCUUACGGCCAGAGCUUGGCUUUGUUGGCUCUCACUGAACACCUUAGGACCUUUAUCUAG